AUGACAUUUAGGAAGGCUGGAAACCUGAAAAAGGAAGCCACAAAAGACAACGAAAUCAACCUGGCAGUCUGUUCAACGGUAGCUCACGCUUGGUUGCACGGACUUGAGCUCAAGGCUUCAUUCCUGUGCAACACUUUAAACGUGCGUCGUUACAAGUCAACUCUAAAGUGUUCAGUUAGUGAUACAAGUUUUAGUGGUGUGACUCAAAGCAUACCAGUUAAAAGUUUCACUGUCUGCUUGAGCUCAAAUGAAGACACUGCCAGGCCCCACCUGCGAGUCAUGGUGAAGCCACCUUGGAGAACAGCGUCACACUGUAUGUGCUUAUCGUCAACAUAAGGGAAGAGAUACUCAAUGAAGUUCGUGUACUAUGGGCGACGUAUGCCGCGGCGGGACUGGCGCCCAGCUGGUUCCACGCCGCCAACGUGCUGCUGCACGCGGCAGCGUCGCUGCUGUUCACGCGCGUGUGCCGCGCCGUCGCCGGCCUCACCCCGCGCUUUGCCGCCGUCGCCGGUCUCCUCUUCGCUGCGCACCCCGUGCACACCGAGGCGGUGACUGGCAUCGUCGGUCGAGCGGAUGUGCUGGCCUGCGUCUUCUUCCUGUUGUCUUUCCUCGCUUAUCACGGGCAGAAGGCGCCGUCGGACGGCGUGUGGGUGAGCGUGGUGUGCGGCGCCGUCUCCAUGCUCGCCAAGGAGACCGGCAUCACCGUGCUGCUCGUCAACCUGCUCUUCGACCUCUACCGCUCCUGGCACUCCGUCAAGAGGGCCGUGACGGAAGUGCGAUGGAAUGAAGAGACUCUCCAGUUUUCACGGAGAGCAGCGAAGGUGCUGGUGUCGUUGAGCGUGCUCCUAGUUUUCCGACUAGCCCUUCUGCAGGGUUCCCUUCCGCGCUUUUCCAACCAGGACAACCCGGCUGCCUUCCACCCGAGCCGCCUUGU